GAAGUGGAUUCUCCUUAGCAACCUGGAGCCGGAGCGGCGGCCGGAGCCGGGAGCAGCGGUGAGUGACCACCGCCCGCCCUGGUAGCCUGGGUUCCACGGGGAGGGUGCCGGGGCCCCCCGGGGCCGUCGGUCCACCGUCCGUCCGUGCCUCCCGCCGGCCGCCCUCCAGGCCUCUGGGCCUCACCCCCGCUGCCCCGGCAGCCCUGGGGCGCAGGGGGCGUCUCCCCUCACGUCUGGCGUCCCCGACCCAGCCGGUGAGUUUGGGCAUAAUCCUUGGAGUAUGGACCAUCUGGGAUAUAUCCGAAGUGGAAUGAGAGAUAGCACCAACAAGCUUGCUGUCCCCCAGAAGAACGCCUAUGCCCGGCUGGUCCAGCAGCACCGCAGUGGCCGCUUCCGCUCCUAUUUGAAUCAUGUUGCUCAGAAGAUGCAGUUGGAGGAGAUGGGCUCGAUUGACGCUGGUUCGGAUGCAGACCUGCCUUUGAAAAAGGGUACGAUGCGAGAGGUUGUGACGAGAAAUGGCUUGAACCCGUGUGGUCCUUCAGAAAACCCCGAACGUCGAGGUACGGAGACGCUUCCUGACGAUGCUCCUGAAGCCUUCAGGAAAGCUCCAGCCUUGCCUUGUCCAGAGGUGCACCAGCUGGGCGCGGGAGAGCUGGAAGAGGCCUGUGGUGCCCAUCCUGGAGAGGGUGGCUCCCAAGUGGAGAGCCUGAGCCGGGGUUUGAGCAGCUGUAGGUUAGCUCGAAGCCCAAAGCUAGGCCACGCUGUCCACAAAGCUGGAGCCUCUCACGAGAAGGACGUGCGUGAGACUGGACGUAACAAACUGCAGAAAAGCAAAUGUGCUGUGAAUGUGGAAAGAGCGCGGGAGGUGUCUGCAGCAGGGCAGCAGCCCUCCUUGGACUCACGUUCGUUGAAUUCUGAGAAACCUGGGCCUCUUCCUUCUGAUCAGCUGCCAGGGAGUCGGACUCGAAAGGCCUCCGAGCAGAGUGGCAGUGCUCCUUCUAGCCUGGGGAAGAAGAGGCACCUCUUGGAGUCUGAAGCUAUGAGCCAUUUGGACUGCAAGUUACACCCAAAGCAGCUGGGAGCUCCAAAAGGUGUGUCCCAUGCAGUUGGCUGCUCCAGAGCUGGGUCAUCGCCAGUUGACAAAAAGAUGCCGAGCAAACCCUCCCAAGGGAAGAAAAGGAGUAUAUUUGAGGCCUACAUGUCGAAGGAGAGUGUCUCAGCUGGCUUGAAGAGAGGGACUCUUAUUCAGGGUGUGUUGAGGAUAAAUCCAAAGAAGUACCAUGAGGCUUUCAUUCCUUCUCCGGAUGGGACCAGAGACAUCUUUAUCGAUGGAGUUGUUGCUCGGAACAGAGCUUUGAACGGGGACGUGGUGGCUGUGGAGCUGCUGCCCAAGGAUCGGUGGAAGGUAAUUAAGACAGAUGACAGUGAUAAAGGAGCUGAUGCUGUGCCUGAGUCCGAUGUCUCUGAGGAGCUGCUGGAGACUCCCCCUCCUCAGCUUGGAAGGAGGUGUGCUGGGGACAGCCCUGACAUCAUCCUGGAAGCUCAGCUUAAUGACAGCGAGACUGAGGAUGGCCAAGAACAUGGGCCAUGUGUGCCGGCUCAUGGUGCCCAGGAGAAAGGAAAUGAGAAUGCUGAUGCACAGAGCGCACCCCAGGGAGACCUCCUCAAGCCCCAAGACCCGAGACUUUGCCCUGACAACUUGCUGCAAAGAUCUGCCAAGGUAGUUUAUAUCUUGGAGAAGAAGCACUCUCGGGCAGCCACUGGAUUCAUCAAGCUCCUGGCUGAUAAGAACAGUGAGCUGUUCAGGAAAUAUGCCUUGUUUUCACCCUCUGAUCACCGAGUCCCGAGGGUUUAUGUGCCCCUUGCUGACUGCCCGCUGGACUUUGUGACUCGGCCUAAUGACCAUGCCCGAACACUCUUUGUCUGCAGGAUUGUGGCCUGGGAGGAACACAGCCACUUUGCAGUGGGGCAUCUGGCUAAGAGCCUGGGCCAGGCUGGUGAGAUUGAACCUGAAACAGAGGGCAUCUUGAUGGAGUACGGCGUGGAUUUCUCUGAUUUCUCCCCAGAAGUUCUGGAAUGCCUCCCUCAGUGCCUGCCUUGGACCAUCCCGCCUGCAGAGUUCACCAAGAGAAGAGAUUUAAGGAAAGAUUGUGUCUUCACCAUCGACCCUUCCACAGCUCGAGAUCUGGACGAUGCCCUCUCCUGCAAGCCCCUUCCUGAUGGGAACUUUGAAGUGGGCGUUCACAUCGCAGAUGUCAGUUACUUUGUCCGGGAAGGAUCGGCUCUGGAUGCAGUGGCCAGUGAGAGGGCCACAAGUGUCUACCUGGUGCAGAAGGUCAUCCCCAUGCUCCCCAGACUGCUCUGUGAGGAGCUGUGCAGCCUCAACCCCAUGACCGACAAGCUCACCUUCUCCGUCAUCUGGACGCUGACCCCGGAAGGCAAGAUUCUUGAUGAGUGGUUUGGCCGGACCAUCAUCUGUUCCUGUACAAAGCUGAGUUACGAUCAUGCCCAAAGCAUGAUUGAGCACCCUGAUAGGAAGUUCCGGGAGGACGAGUUGCCCCCUGUGGCGGCAGAGCACCCCAUUGAGCAGAUCCACCAGGCCGUCUGGAAUCUUCAUGGGAUCGCCAAACAGCUGCGCCAGCAGCGCUUUGUGGACGGAGCGCUUCGUCUGGAUCAGCUAAAGCUUGCUUUCACUCUGGACCAGGACACUGGGAUGCCUCAAGGAUGUCACAUCUAUGAAUACAAGGACAGCAACAAGCUUGUGGAGGAAUUCAUGCUGUUGGCCAACAUGGCUGUGGCUCAUCGCAUCUACUGUGCUUUCCCUGAGCGGGCCCUGCUGCGCCGCCACCCGCCGCCCCAGAGCAAGCUGCUGAGUGACCUCGAGGAGCUCUGUGACCAGCUGGGGCUGACCAUCGACUUCAGCUCAGCAGGAGCCCUUCAUAAAAGUCUGACAGAGAUGUUCGGGGACGACAUGUAUUCUUUGGCUUGGAAGGAGGUGCUCACCAACAUGUGCUCGAGGCCCAUGCAGAUGGCCUUGUACUUCUGCACGGGUGUGCUGCGGGACGAAGCUCAGUUUCGACACUAUGCCCUCAAUGUGCCCCUCUACACCCAUUUCACCUCGCCCAUCCGCCGCUUUGCUGACGUCCUGGUGCACCGGCUUCUUGCGGCCUCGCUUGGUUCCAGAGAGCCCCUGAACCUGGAUGCAGAUGCCCUCCAGAAACAGGCUGACCACUGCAAUGACCAGCGGAUGGCCUCCAAACGGGUGCAGGAGCUCAGCACCAACCUCUUCUUUGCAGUCAUGGUCAGGGAGAGUGGCCCCUUGGAGUCAGAGGCCAUGGUGAUGGGUGUCCUGAACAAGGCCUUCGACGUGCUGGUGUUACGCUUUGGAGUGCAGAAGCGUGUCUACUGUAACGCCCUGCCACUGCAGGAUUACCAAUUUAGGAAGGUGGGGAAGAAACCAGAGCUCACCCUCAUCUGGGAGCCUGAGAACCCCCAGCAGAAGGCAGUGCAUCAGGUGAUCGCCAUCUUCAGCCUGGUGGAGGUUGUUCUGGAGGCUGAGGACAAUACCCUCAAGUACAGCGCCAUCCUCAAGAGGCCAGAGGUGGCGGCAGCGGCAAAGCGAGCACCAGAGGACGGGACAGAGGAUCGAGAUGGAUGAGUGCCCAGCAUGGUGACCCAGCACCACCUCCCCUCUGCCCGGCCAACUCAGCUGAGCUGGACGCACGGGACCUCUCCAAGCCAGAGGGGAUUUUAAGUUUGUUUAAAGUUUAAGUUAAGUUGAACAAUUUGGGAGUUUCGUUGGAGUUUAAUUUUAAUAUGAACUGCAGGCAGAAAGAAGGGGGUGGGGAAUAGACUGAGAUAUUGGGAGAGCAGCAGGAGAGGAGGGUGUGAAGUACCACCACACCUGCAGGCAAUGCCUCCUGCUCUUGACCUCCCCCAGGCCAGACCCCUCCAUGGCAGUCUGCUGCCUGGCCCAGCCAACUUGGGACUCUCUUGGUAAAUCCACAUCAUGGAAUAAAUCGAAUGAGAAGGGACAGUCUGGUAUAUGUGGCAGUGGGAGGGUUCUUGGCUGCUGUCAAGAGAGGGUGGACAGGGGCCCCCUGCUUCUGAUCCAUCUGUGGUGCUGGACUCUUCACUGCCGCUAGGCACCAGGGACAUCUCAGUCACCCAGAUUAUUUAUCUCACGCCCUAGGUAAUUUAUAGACCCACCCUAGCAGGAGAUUUAUGCGAGCGUGUCAUUUCUACUAAUUAAAAAAUACAUAAUUAGUACACAGGAUCCCAACCCCCCGCAUAAAUCAGCAGAAUCCCCUCCCCUCAGCAGUACAUACAAGGUAGCAGUGGCCAUUCAUAAUGUCCUCAUGACAUUCAGACCAAUGGUGUCCCCUAGGAACAGAACCUCCCAGGGCCUGGGCUUCUUCCCGCCCCUGUCCUCAUCCUAAGCCAGCUCUCAGAGGCAGAGAGAUUAGACAUCCCUGAGAAGCAGGACCAGGAACCAAAGGGGGGGCCUUCCCAAGAGGCAGAGUUAGGCUGGGUGUCAGAGCAACCUGAAGGAGGAGGAAGGCCCCCCUGUGGGGGUGGAUGGAUGGCCUUGGUGGGAGUGGGCUCUCUUUCCCUAGAGGUCUUCAAGCACAAAUGGGACCAGAGCCUUCAUGGAGGAUAUGGGAAAGGGGAUUGUCGCCAGGCUGAGCCCCAAGGCCCGUCCAGCUCCAGAAUUCUGCAGCCCUGUGGCUCGUGACUCUCAUGUGGUUCUGAAAGAGUGUGCCUUAUUUUAAAAGAAAUGAACAGAUGAAGCGGGGAGUGGAGUCACAUUUUAGGUCAAGAUAUAGUCAGGCAUGGUGGCUAGUACAAGGUAAGGGUCAGCCACGGGAGAAACCCAAGGGAAGCUGUUGCCUUCUCAUUCCAAACACUGGGAGAACAGGAAACAGCCAUCCUCUGCCACGAGGAGUGAUAGUGUCAUGAGGUCGGCCUCAGUUAGGCAGACAGUUCUUGGGACCCUCCCUCUGUGUCAGCAGGAGAGCAGCUGAUGAUCCUUAGGUUUGCUUCAGUGAUGAUUGUGUUCUUGAAGAGAUGAAGGAGGCAUGGAGGGAGCUGCUUUUCUGGAUUGGACUCUGAGGGCAUGGAAUGCUUGUCCUUUGUGGUAGCGGACCUGAGCUCCACGAUCUCAUUUGUGUUCAUCCCCAGGAUGAACCCCAGAACCAAGCCUUCCCUGGUCAGAGAAGGGAAACCAAGGCCUGUUGGAAUAUUCCAGAUGUGCCCAAUUAAGCUGUCUCCGCCACCCAGCUUUCUGCAUUUCAGGGAUGCUGGGAAAGAGAGCACAUCCCAACCAUCUCCAUCCUUAGGUCUUAGAUUUCCUGGCCAAACUUACUGUGGAAAAAGACACUGGGGCCCAAGGAAAAUUCCAGUUAUCCAGCAGUCCCUGAGGUACUGACUAACUGCUCUUGCCCGUAUCAGCUUCCAUCAAAGCCAGACUGGUACAUGGGAAACCCCUUUGUGACAAAGCCAUGCUAGAUUCAGCCUGGGCGGAGUAAGCAAGGGAGCUGUGGUGGUCUCUCUGUUGAUUCUUCAGAGCCCUUCUUCUGUUCAGAGGCUUUCACAGAUUCCCAGCAGUGACCCAGAGGGUCCUCUGGGGAUCCCUGAUGAGCUUUUUCACAGAGCCCUCCCACGACCUUGUGAAGCAGCCCAUUCCACUUCGGAAUAGCCCCAUCACCCAGGCUUUCCUGACAUCCGACCUGCUUUGUCUCCUUGGCUCCUAACAAGUCUGCUAGCUCUCUGCUCCCAUGUGACAGACCAAGGACUUGAAGCUGGCUGCUGGCCCCCUCCAGGUCUCCUCCGGCUAACCUGCCCACUUCCGUCACUGCAUUCUCAUACAGUGUGAUUCCAAGGUUCUUUGCCAUCUUCAUCACUUUCAUCUCUGGACGCUCUCCAUCCUAGACCUGAAUACAGUGCUUGAGGGGUCAGGGUAGAGCAGGAGUCUCGCCCCCUCCCUCCACCGUAGUCAUGGAAACGGGGCCUCUCUCACCUGCCACAUCACCUCUUGACCCGUCGUGAGCUUGCAAGCCUCGGAAUCCACAGAGAGUUUCUGAAGACUGCUCUCUAGCCAGACCUCACCCACGUGUUCUUUGUGGGCUUUGCCUCUUUGAACACAAAUGCAAGGCUUUACCUUUCUGUUAGUUCAAUGUCAUUAGAUUUGGCCCAGGUUCUCGAUUGUCCAGACCUUGCUGGAUCCUCCAUCCAUUGUAUGAGAUCCACUGUCCGUUCCUUUUUCUGAGCCAUUGAUCAGAACAGUAAAUGGCCCAGGGCCAAACACAGAUCCCUGGGGUCCUUUACCUGGAGUGGAUUCCACCUUUCAACCCGUUCUGAAUUUGCCCAGCUACACUCAUUUGACCCACAUGUCUUCACAAGUACUAGCACGAGAGACUUUUGGCAAAGGCCUUUCUAAAAUCUAGCUGAGGAACUGACAUCAGUAGCAUUCUCCUGAUCUGUAACCCCGUCAGAGUUCUGGCACAGCCUAUUCUGAAUGAAGCCACGUCAGUCUUUUAUGAGCCCCUCCUCACCUCUUCCCCAAUCAUCCAGUCAAAGAGUGAAUUCUUUUUAAGGCACUUGGGGUUAAGUGACUUGCCCAGGGUCACACAGCUAGUAAGCGUCAAGUGUUUGGUCUGAGGCAGGAUUUGAAUUCAGGGUGGGUGCUCUAUGCACUGCGCCACGUAGCUGCCCCCUCAAAGAGUGAAUUCUGCAGUGUGGCCAGGAAUCGAAACCCAGCACACAGGUUUAAUGAUCAGACUCUGUUCCCUUCCCAUAUGUCCCUUCUUCCAUCCUGGGCCAUUCCCCACAGUCUUUCAAAUGGGUUAUAAUCAGAUCGCUGAUCCCUUCAUGACCCUACAAUAUGGUUUGUGUGCUGGGAGUCAGGGAGGGCAGUAGACACUUUCAUGCCAUCUCCCUCUCUCUUAACCCUCUUUGUCUUUUCCAGUCCAGAGAUGUGGCCAAACAUAGUAGUCCUUCGUCUUCCUUCCCAGCCUCUGCCCAUUCUGAGUGUUAGCACUUCUGACACAGGUCUUGGAGGACCAUGCAACACGUUUGAGUUCACCAUCCAUUACUUGCCUUUGUUUUCGUCUUCCAUCAUUGUCUUUUUAAAACCGAGGUUGGGUAAAGAACUUCCUGUGUGUCUGUCUCCUGGUAGCUCUUCCCUUUCCUCCUCAUUGAAAUUGUUUCUCUUUAUGUCUUCAGAACUUCAUUGCCAAAACAAACCACCUCUCCUUAGCCGGCUUCCCCUCUGGAAUUUUAGGCCAAAGUGAUUCAAUAUAUUCUUUCAGCCAUUGCUUUGUGAUCUGCUCCCCUAAAAUCCAGACUUCCUGUCACAUUCUGUAGGCUUUCUUCUCCUCUGUCAUACACUCUAAAGUGGAGGGUUCCCUUUCCCAGAUGCUGCCCAUUGAACAGUCUCUUAGACCAAGAUGCAUUGCUGUCCCCUAAUGCCUUAUGGUUUUCUCUGCGAGACACCGGAGAUGAGUAUGAUGUAGCAGCCACUAUAGCACAGACGCCCAUCACGGCCCCUCCUUCUCUAAGCCAACAAGUAAACCUUGUCUGCAUUGAGACCUGAUAUUUGGGAGAGAGAAGGAAACUAGGUGAGUCUUCAUCCUCACCUCCUCUUCCCUCUUGGCACCACAAGUAUCUCAAGUCCCUCAGGCUCCAGACCAGGCUCCAGGAGAACACAGCAUGAGAAAGUGUCUUAAGAGCUUGAAAGAAGUCAGAGGUAGCACUUGCCUUGCCUUUGUAGGGUCAGUUUUGGCAAACUUGUGGUUGUGGUGAAAUCUGGGUUUGCAUCUCCUCAAGAAGCAGUAUCCACAGGACACAGGAUCAGAGAAUCCUGGACUCAGAGCUGGGAGAGGUCUUGCAGGCCAGCCAGUCCCACCAUUGCCUUUUACAGAGGAGGAGCUAAGACCCAGAUCUCCUGAGAGAUCCCAGGGCCACCCAGCUAGUAAGUGACAGAGCCAGGAGCCAGACCUAGGCCCCCUUUCCUCCUCCCAUCUCCCACCCUCUGCCCGGAUGUCUCUGAGAUUCCCUGGAGAGGGAAGCUAGGCUGGGGUACCAAGCUGGAAGUGGCUUAGGGUAGGAGACUGAGAUGGACAAGAAGAGAUACAGAAGCCACUGCCAUUGGUCUGUGAUCAGAAGGGAUGACCCCAUCCUCAUCGUGGUCAGUGGAGGUGACGUGUGUCCUCUGAGAAGCCACCAGCCCACCCCAGGGCCUUCCUGCUCCCCAGGCUGUGGCUAGAGAACAUCCUCUCCCGAAGGCAAGCUUGGACUAUUGUCACCACCGUUCCUGGUACAACCAGGAGGCAUGCUAUCUGUUGGUUGGAUUGAAUUGAUGCCAAGGCUGGAGCCAGCAGUACCUCUGAGCUGGGCUCUUGAGCACAGUGAGACAUUCACGUGCAUUCCUUCAGACCAAAUGUGCCCAAAUCAUCACAGCCGUCAAGAAGGGGCUUCCCACAAAAGAUGAUCUGUCCUGUAAGCUGUAUCUCACCACGGCUGUCUGGUGUCCUCUUCUCAGUCUCUUCUUCCUCAGUUUUCGCAGUUUUUAGUGCUGUAGGCCGCACCCCUUGCUCAGAGACACUUUUCUCCCUUGGUUUUCAGGUGAUUGUCUCAGUUUGCCCGCCAAUGUGACCCCUCCUUUCAGGAGACUCCAUUGGAUUGUCAUUGAUCUCUUGACCCCUCAACAGACGUUCCCUGGGGUUCCGUCCGGGCUGUCUCCAAGUGACUCCCAGUGCUGUCCGUUCUAUCUUAAUCCGUCUCCCGUCUUGUAUCUCCAGCUGCCCACUGAAUGUCUCCUAGAUGACCAGUAGCAUCUCACCCUUGGAAGUCGCCCUCUUCCCUCUUGAAUCUGUCACGGCCGCUACAUUUUCUUCGCCUUCGCGGCACCCGUGGCGCUUCCCUCGUCGCCCGUCAGUUGCAGGUCUUCCCGGUUGUACGUCUUCAGCAUCUGUUGAAUUCCAUGGCAGCUGGCCAUCGCUCCUGACUCGGGCAAGCACGCCUUCCUCCUCCUUGGUCCCCCUGCCUCCUGGCUCUGCCCUUCUGCGGAGGCUUCGGCCCUCUUUCUUCAGGCAGAGCACCUCGUCUUCCUUGGACCUGGAUGCGCUGCAUUGCCCUGGUGGAAUAUCAGCUCCUUGAGGGCAGAGGCACCUUGCACGUCCGCCUUUGUAGCCUCUUGGAUCAGCUUAGUGACUGGCAGUGGAGACUUGUGAGUCUCUGACCUUUCUUAUCUAAUGUUUGUCAGAUUGAAUUGGGUUAUUCCACUGGACCAUCAGAAUAGAGUGGUUUAGUGAUGUCACAGGCAGUGGUUAAAAUAGAAAUUGUUUGAAGUCAGAUCCGCAGUGUUAAUGGUGGGAGGGUCACAGUUAUCUAAAGGCAAAUUCCUGCUUCGAUUGAAUGUGAAGAUGUCUGUAAGAGCACGUUGCGCACCUUCAUUUGCAUCCCCGGGCCAACAACCAAGCACAUUAUUACUAAUAAUCAUGGCACCCUAUCAGUCCCGUAACUGCAGGUGCCGUCCCUGACCACCAGCUGGCCAAUCCCAAGAGAAAGAAGGGCCUGAAAUCUGCCACAGGUUUUGUUUUUAUUUUUGGUAAAACCAGUGAUUUUGGGGGUCAGGAAAUUCCCUCUGCAAAUGCAGAUCAUCAGUGUUCUUAAGGAAACUUGUAAUCAAAGAGAUUCUCCUCGAAGAUUUCUUAUA